AUAUGCAGUCUGGAACACAUCUCAUCAGGUUACUAUCUUGAGCACGUCAAAGGCAAUUGAAAUAAGGCUGCCUAAGUGAAAGCAAAGCAAGGCAGCGAAUUGGAAUUGUUCAGCACCUUAGACAGCGCAGCCACAUCUUUGCAAUGGGAAUGUCCUGCCUACACUGAUCUGGGCACCUCUCCUGCUCAGCCUAUUUGCCCUUCCCUCACUUACAUUACUGCUCUGGAGUUGGAUUUGCAAGUGUCGGCUUCAUUUUAAGUGAAACAUGAAAAUGCUCUGCUGCAAGAAAAGUUUGGAGAAGAGCACAAGCUGAAGACUGCGGGGAAAUACAAGAGGGGUUAAUGACUGGCUUUCCCUUGCUAACCUGGAAGGAAUGAUGACCAGAGCAGCAUGUGUACCAGCAGGCAGAUCAUUGGAAGUCUCUUGGUGCUGUCUGUGCUGGAGAUAGGGCUGGGCUUGUCCAGUGUGGCCGUGGGAGCUGUCACUUUCUUCAGAGUCCGGAUGGAGCAGAAGCCGCAGCUGGGAGACUCUUCUCCGUUUCUUAUUUGUGGAGUGUGUGGAAUCUUUUGCGCCAAGAAGAAAUCUGGACUUAUUAUGAUUCUGUUUUCCGCCUGCUGUAUCUGCGGCCUGAUUGGAGGAAUAUUAAAUAUCCAGUUCCUACGUGCCCUUAACAAGAGAUCAUCAUCUCUUUAUUCCUUGUACCUUGCAUCCAUGUCACUAGCAUGCAUAGGAAUCAGUGGCUGCACAAUUUCCACGUGGCUAACGUGCCGCUUGGCCAGCUAUGAACAGAGGAGAAUGUUUUUGGAGAGGGAACAUUCACUUCACCACUCUCAUGAAAUGACAGAAAAGGACACAGAAAAUAUUACCAAUGGAGGAGGACCUCUUGCAUUAAACGGGAGAGUUUAAACAAAGAUCUUCAUGCAUAGGAGCAACGGCAAACAGCAAUGUUUAAUAUAGAACUCUAGUAUUAGAAUCACCAAAUAAUACUUCAGACAAAGCUACUACUCCCUUUAGUUCCUAGCAUUUUAAGCUUUACAACUAUCAGGAUGAAUUCCACAAGAACCCCCUGCCACUAUUCCAUAUUCCAAUAACAUUUAAGGACUUCAAAAUUACGCACAAAAUUAUUUUUGAAAAGCAUGUUAGGCUAAAGUAACAAAGACCUGUGUAACCUUCAAUAAGCAAAGAAAUGCGAUUAUAAAGGUUAUGUCUUUCGUUCUCGCGGCAUCCUAUGCUAAGAAUGCUGUAGGAAACUAAACACUGUAUAAAUGUCAGAAUACUGUAUAUAUCUUCAGGUUGGGAAUGAGGUACUGUAUAUUUUGUAAAACAAGAUAAGGAUUGUUGCAAUACUGCUACAGAUCGCAUUGUAUUUCUCGAUCUGCUGGAUAAAUAUUUUUUUGUUAUUUAUGCAAUAUAAAAAGAACAGAUGCAUUUUAUGUAAAAAAUAAAAUUGUUUUUUUG